ACUGGCGACGUCCUCAACAAGUGCCAACUAGGAGCAUGGUUCACCGUCAGCCUGAUCCUGAGAGGCUCCUGUGGCCCCUGGCUCACCUCAGGCUCUGGGGAGGGGGGCCUGCACAGCAUCCUCUCACCUCACCAUGAUGGCCUGGGUGUACCUGGGAGGGUUGUGGCCUCCUUCCUGAUUCUGGGUAGGCCUCGGGGACCUUGACAGCUGGAGAUGAGGAUUGGACUGGGGCAGGGGAGGACUGGGAGAGGGUCCUGGCUUCCCCUUCCCCGAUGUUGCAAACUCCUGCUUCCGUGGCUGAGAGCAGGCACACCCCCUUACAGUCACCGGUGACUCAGAGACUGGCAUAUACGUGGAAACAGGAUGUGUCCUCACGUAGGGGAGGCCUGGAAGGGGGCCCCUCGGUUCACCAACCUCCAGCCCCAGGCACCCCCCAGCCUACGUGUAGGCAGGGAGUGCACUCACAGGCCAGGCCUUCAAGGGCCCUGCUGUAGACUGGAGGCUGAGUGGGGGGCUCUUGACUGGGCUGUGGGGGGUACUUCCCCCCUGUCCCCCAGGCUGGACUGCAUGUGUGGAGGACUCGGGCAAGAACUGAAAGACCCGGCUCAGGUAGGGCCAGGUCCCUCCUUGGAAAGGCUCCGCCUUUGCCGGGCUCCUGGAUACAGGGCAAUUUCCCAGAGCCCCGCCCCAGGAGGCGGGGGCAGGAGGCUCAGAACAGAGGGACCCAGACGUCGACCUGUUCAGCUUGGCCAGCCACCACUGCUGCCGCCAACGCCAUGGGGAACAGCCCCUGCGUCCCUCAGGCACCUCGGAGGCUCCGGGCCUCCUUCUCCAGAAAGCCUUCACUGAAGGGAAAUAGAGAGGAUGGCGCGAGGAAGCUGACUGGCUUGUUUGGCACCGAGGCCGGUCCCGACGGGGACACCACUGCCGACAAGAUCUUCUGCUACAUCCCUGGGACGGAUAUCCCAAGCCUGGAGAGCCAGCGAGAAAACCUGGAGCAGCCGUUCCUGACUGUGUUCAAGAAAGGACGGCGGAGGGUGCCCGUGAGGAACCUGGGCAAGGUUGUGCACUAUGCCAAGGUCCAGCUGCGAUUUCAGCACAGCCAGGACACCAGCGACUGCUACCUGGAGCUGUUCCCCUCGCACCUCUACUUCCAGGCCCAUGGCUCCAAAGGGCUCACUUUCCAGGGGCUGCUACCACUGAUGGAGCUGAGGGUCUGCCCACUAGAGGGGUCCAGAGAGCAUGCCUUCCAGAUCACAGGCCCGCUGCCCGCCCCCCUCCUGGUGCUCUGCCCCAGCCAGGCGGAGCUGGGCCGCUGGCUCUACCACCUGGAGAAGCAGAUGGCCCUUGUGGGAGGACUGCAGCGCUGUCACUCAGCGCCACCACAGGUCAGUGCUGGGACCCCACCCCCUUCCCAUCCCCACCCUCUCCAGCCUGCCCUGACCCCCCUUUACCAGGACCCCCCCGAGGACGAGCUUCCCUGGACUCUGCAGCGCAGGCUGACUCAGCUGCGGACGGCCUCAGGACGCCAAGUGGCAGGCAGCGCCAUCUGCGCCUCGAGGGUCAAGCUGCAGCAUCUGCCCUCACAGGAGCAGUGGGACCGGCUGCUGGUCCUGUACCCGACUUCCCUGGCCAUUUUCUCUGAGGAAGCAGAUGGGCUUUCCUUUAAGGGGGAGCUCCCACUCAGAGCCGUCCACAUCAACCUGGAGGAGAGAGAGAAGCAGAUCCGCUCCUUCCUGAUUGAAGGGCGCCUCAUCAACACCAUCCGCGUGCUGUGUGCCAGCUACGAGGACUACAGCCACUGGCUGCUCUGCCUGCAGGCCAUCUCCCGCAGGGAGGCGGCCCCCGCUGCACCAGGCCUGGAGAGCUUCCUGGGGCUGCAGACACCCACACAGGUCAUGGGCGGCGGCCGAGGCUCUCUCACCUCAGAUGGACAGACCAGCUGGGACUCUGGGUGCCCGGUGCCCCCCUCCACCUGCACCAGCCACUCCCUCCCCGAGUCCUCAGUGCCGUCCACCACAGGCUGCCCUGCCCAGUCUGCACCCGACCAGAUCAAUCCCAGCUGCACCAGCAUGGUCAGACAGAGGGCAGAGCUGAGACGGGGCGGCAGCAGCCGCUCACCCAGGAGCAAGGUUCGGGGCGAGGGGCCCAGUCCAGCCACCCCACUGCACCUGGACCUGACCAAGCUGAGCAGAGCGGGCCUGGAGGGCGGCCCUGUGGCCCCAGACCACCCCCUGGAGUCACCACACUCCCCACUCUACGUUGAUCCCUACACGCCACCUGCCACCUCCCACCACAAAAUCACAGACGUCCAGGACCUGGACGAGUUCCUCAGUGUGAUGCAGAACUCGCUCGGCCCUGAGCCCUCUGCCCUGUUCCCAUCUGUCCCCGUGUCCGUGCCUGUCUCUGAGCCCAGCGCUGGACACUCUGAGAAGGGUGCCCUGCAGUCCCGAGCCCCUCAGCGGCACCGAGGCUCCAUCAAGGGCCGGGGGUCCCAGCCCCCAGACUCCCCUCAGUUUGCCUCCCCUGCAAGAGAAGCGUCGCUGGGCCCCCUGCCGCCUCCCCCAGAUGGCCGUCCCCCCAGAAGCUAUGACAACAUCUGGGACAAGGUUCCUUCUCCCUCCCACCGGCGGUGGCCCCGUGGGGCGCCUGAGGCUGAGGAGGGGCUCAUCCAGUGGAUCUGAUGGCCGGGCAGGCCGCUUCUCGGGACCAUCUGCCAGUGUCGACCUGGAUGGGGGUCUGCAGCAGGGCCGCAGGCUGACCAACCCCCCGUCCAGUACCACAUCAGGCUCUGGCCCCAGCAGGAUGGAAGGUCCCCAGAACAUGGAGUUUUCCUGAGCUCUGGAUGGGCCAGGAGAAGGGCGUCAUCCUGAGGAUGCCCUGGCCCAAGUGACUGGACCACAGAUCAGGAAAGGAUGCCCAGAGGGGCCGGACCUUGGCCUGCUCCCCAGGAAGGAAUAAGGGAAGGGACUUGAUGGGGGCUUCACCUAGGAGCAGGAGGUCAGAGGGCUGAGAAAGUCAGGUUAAUGAGGGUCAGAGUAUGUGAAGUCAGAGAGCUUGAGGGUCAGAGGUCCACGAGGUCUGAGACAUCAUCAGGAGAGGCAGGAGAGUUGCCUAGGUGUGCGAGUGGGAUGGGGCUGGUGGGGAGGAACUGACAAGAGACUGAACAAGAAAGAGAAGGAGAUUUA